AUGGCUACCAUUCAUUAUCCUUUACCAAUGCAAUCGUUUAACCAGUCCCAGUUUUCAUCCAAUUCCACUUCCAAUGCAAAGUUCUUCGGCUCUAAUCGUCCCUUUGUUCUUCUGGGCCAUGGAUGGAUGCUGUUUACCGUUGCAUUUCUAUCUCUAAUCCUGUACCGCAUUUUCUAUUUCUUUGUUUUCAAGGACCGACCUCCUAAGGGGCUUCAGCUGGUCCCUGGCCCCGGGAGCACCAUUCCUUACAUUGGGCGAGUCGACAUUGAUCCCAUCGCGCCCUGGACCUCUAUGAAAAAAUGGUCCGAUCAGUUCAACGGCUUCUUCAGGCUGCAGGCUUGCGGUGAAAUGCACAUCUGGCUGGGAGACAAUGACAUCGCACAAGAACUAUAUUGCAAGAGAGCCGCGAUUUACUCCUCCCGUCCAGAGGUUGCAGCAGUUCCGGGCAGCGACUCACAGGGUCAAUAUCUCCCCCUGCUGGAGUACGGCGAUCACUGGCGUAUGCAACGAAAGUUCGCCCACACCUCACUGACCUUGGCGUACAACAAUCAGUAUUAUGGCUACAUCAACCUUGAGGCCAAACGAUUCUUGUUCAAACUACUUCAAGACCCUCUCGACCACUUUUCACAAACAGACAGAUUCUGUGGUCGCGUUUCUACGAGGCUCUGCUACGGCUCGCCACAUUCGGCCGCAGCUCAUUGCAAGAACGCCGCCGAAUUCAUUCCACAGAUCUCGCCUUCAGCAAGUGGACCCAUUACAAACAUUCUUCCUUUCCUUGCAGGCCUUCCCGAAUGGCUAAAUCCAACAAAAAUACCUUGCAGACAACGGAGAGAGCGCGAAGAGCGUCUUUGGACGGGACUCAUGAGACAAGUUCGAGAAGAGAUGGAGCAAGGCAAAGCAAAGGUUUCGUAUGCACGGUCAUACUUCGAAAGGAAGGCCGCCGCUGCCGACCAAGACGAUCGGUCUUUUGGCUUUGAUGACCACGAAGCAGCAUAUGCAGUCGGAAUGCUGUGCACCGUGGCCAUUUUCACCAUCGGAGGUCCCUUGUACUGCUUCUUCCUAGCGAUGACCCUUCAUCCCGAGUGGCAAGAGAAGUGCAGGGCCGAAGUUGAUCGCGUGGUCGGGCAGAAUCGCAUUGUCGAGCUCAGCGACUCCCCCAACCUUCCGAUCCUUCGAGCAUGCUUCAAAGAAUGUAUCCGCUGGCGCCCACCAGUUCCCCUCGGCGUUCCUCGACUCGUGCAAGACGACGAUAAUUAUCAGGGUUACUUUAUUCCUAAAGGAGCUGUGGUUCAUGCGAUCGACCUGGCAAUUGCGCGCGAUCCUAACAGAUAUCCCGACCCCGAGACAUACAAUCCGGGCCGCUGGCUGGAACCGGAGUUUCCCACUUAUCAAGAACCAUUGUCCGUUUACCCCCGCUUAACAGGGCAUCAUGGUUUCGGCCGUGGUCGGCGUAUGUGCCCCGGUAUCGAGAUCACCGAAGCCGAGUUGCUGGUGGCAUGUGGUUCUCUGCUAUGGGCUUUUACCAUGAAGCCCAACAUUGGACCUAACGGACAGCCACAAUGGCCUGACUCGAAAGCAUUCACGAGCAAUGUCAUUGGAGGACCUCUGCCGUUCAAGUUCGAUCUGAAAGUCAGAGAUGAGCAACGCAAGGCUAAGAUCGAGGAGCUGUACGAGCAGAGCCGGGAUCUGCUGGAAGAGAGAUGA